AUGCGUAUCAUUUUAAAAGGCAAAAAACGUAAAAUUCAAGGCAAUUCAGUAGAUAACGGUUCGAAUUAUUUUGACCAAUUGUUGGAUCGUAAUAAAGUCAGUUUAGAAGACUACUCAGCCAGCGUCCUACAACAUCCAGAUCGCGAUGAACCAGGUGCAAAUGAUGCCAACGAUCACACCAAGAAUAGAAAGCCGAGAAGAAGAAGAACGGCCUUUACUCAUGCUCAAUUAUCAUUUUUGGAAAGGAAAUUUCGCUGCCAGAAGUAUCUAUCAGUGGCAGAUCGAGGUGAUGUCGCAGAUACAUUGUGUUUGACGGAAACCCAAGUUAAGACUUGGUAUCAGAACAGAAGAACAAAGUGGAAACGCCAGAACCAAUCAAGAUUAGAACAACUACACCAGGAAAGUAAUUCAUCUGUAAAACAAUUCGAUACAAAUAUUUCGGAUGAUAAAUUACUAAUAAGAGACAAACAUACUUCUAAUACCAAUAGAGUCAUGUAUUGUCCCCAGAAUAAUUUAAACGUUGGAAGCGGAUUUUUGUCAGGAAUUAUUUUUCGACCGUUUGGUCAUUGA